AUGGCAGAGAAAGAAAAUUUAUCAAAUAGUCUGGAAAGCGAAGAGAGCGCGUCCUUGAAGAACAGUAAGAACAUAUAUUUACAAUUCUGGUAUAAACAACGGAAAAUACUUGUUAGAAGUAUUUUAUUCAUUUUUGCUUCGUUAUUUCUCAUCACCUUAUAUUCAUCAAAAUCAGUUAUUUUCAAUGAAAAAUAUUCAAACUUACAUAAUUAUUCAAAGCAAGAGACUCAUUUUUAUGGUUAUCCUUUGAAAUUAAUUGACAAUCUCGUUCGCGAUAAAGAAAUUAGUUUUGUAUUUCCCGUCUAUUCUGGUCAUGCCGAAUCUUUACUUAAUCUUCUUCGAUCAAUACGAAAUCUUUGUAAUGAUUGUACACAUGUGCCAAUGAUCAUAAUCACUGAUGAUGCAAGUCAAAAUCUAAUUCAUGAAACUCUACAUAAAAACCAUAGUUUAUCAGAUCCUUCAAUGAAACAAUCAUUUCCAAAUCUUCUGAUUAAACGUCUUCGUGAUGUAAUGCCAUACUAUGAAGCAAACAAAUGGGAUGAUAAUAGUCUUGUAGUGAAUGGAAAGUAUCUUUUUCAAUCACAUAAAAAAAUGUUUGGAGUUCUUAAUGGCGCUUCAACUCGUUUUUCAUUGGUAAUGGAUGCUGAUGGUUUUAUAUUCAAACCAAUGUCAUUAGCACAUAUAUCGAAAAUAUAUCUUUCAUCGCCUUACAUAUUCACUGCGCAUGGCUGGUCAGUUGGCCGAGAUAUGAUUGAAUGUGCAGAAAAUCUAACCGGCAGUUUUCUCUCAACUAGCUAUACUCUUGAAAUCAUGCAUUGGAUAUAUGAUAGAGAAAUUGUAUCUGAUUUAAAUAAAGUUGUUCUUUCACAAUAUCCAACAUGGAAUGUUCCAAUGCUAUUUCGAAAACCUUACUUUUUUGAAGUUGCUUAUUAUCAUUUUAUUAUGUCAAAUCAAAUUUUGUACAGAAAAUAUAUGGAAUAUAGAGUUGUUGAUGUACGUACUUUACUUGGUGGAAAUUUUUCACCUUUGUUUCAAGCAGUGACCACCAGCGGGAGUGGUGGCAUGAUCGAAAGAAUUGGUUUGUCAAUGUCCAAAUUUCCUAAGAUUUAUAAUGAUAUUAUUCAUAUUUGGAAAAUCUUUCAAAUACCAUUUUAUCGUCCUGAAGGUGAUGAACGAGUUCAGCUUGAUUUUGUUCUCGAUACUGAUGCAGUUGUGAUGACAAAUAAUUUUAUGCUGGGCUUAUAUCGAAUGGGAAUGUCAGAUUAUUGGAAAAAUCCACAAGAAGCUUUGAAAAAUGCUGAAAAACAAGGAUGGAAGUCAUUAGCAGAUCAUUUGAAGAACAGAACCAGUCAAACAAGGAAUUGA